CCCCGCCAACCAUCGAUUCAGGAGAAACGAUGGUUGGCGGGGUCAGGGUCUUGAUGUCGCCACCCCGCGGAGGCGGAGCGGCGGGAGGAGCCCUCCGCGCCGUUCCCGCGGGGGGCCUUGGCGGCUCCCCGGCGGCCCAGCUUCCGCCGAACAUCUGUGGCCGCGGGUGCGGCAAUGCGCCGCUGACGUAGUGUCAGGCGAUGGGCGGCGCGUGGGGUCCUCGUGGUAGGCUGGCGAGCUGCCCUGUGGCCAGCGGAACCUGUGUUUUCUUGAGUGCUCCCCGCCCAUGGGCGCGGGGCGUGGCUGACUCGUUCUUUCGUCAUGCUUUUCUUGUGCGGCUGCUCUACCUCCAAGGCCUAAUCCUGGACAUCCGUCCCCUGCCUUGGCUCCUCUGCACUGUUCUCGCAGACAGGUACUUCCUCUUGGGUUCCCGUCGCUGUCGUCGUCCUCCUCUCGUUUUUUGGCCACGCUGCCACGCUGGCGUUGUCUGGUUCCUCCACAUGCCCGCCUGCGGCUCCUCGGCGUCUGAACCGUUGCUGGGUCUCUGUCAGUGUGCUUCCAUUUGCUGUUCUCGCUGAUGACGUCCGCUGUGAUGAGGGCAAGGUCAUGGUUGAACAGAGUUGCAUGUAGCACAACAGCGAGCUGCCGCUGGGAUUAUACCUAGAGGGUGGGAUAUCAGCAGUUCACGUUUGCAGACAUGCGCAUGUCCAUCCAUAGGCAUCUUCCACGGCUGCGAGAACGUAGACGUACAAACGAAUGACAAAUACGUUGAAUGGCUUGCAUGGUGCAGUGCAUCGGGCUGCGUGUCGCAAGACAUCAGCUCCAGUAUAGCGUUUUCCUCUGGAACGCACCUGCUGGUUUUCAUCGCACAUGCUUCUGACGUCGCGCCAAUGAAUCAUGCACCAGUGCGGACAUACGCAUCCCAGAUGCGUAAGGGUAGUGAUCAUGGGCACCCGAUGUAUCCUCACAUGUGUGGUAUGGGCGGUACCAGUCUUGCUUCAGUGGAGUUCACGCGAUUGCCACAUGAAGUGUGAAGCGGGUGCCCGCUCGUGCGUCCAGCAUCAGCAAGCGCCAGAGCGGAGCCCCUGCGCAAAUUCGGCAUUCGGAAUAAUUUUGCAUGUGCAGAUCUGUUUAUGGCCUGCCUCUGCUCGGCUGCCGUGCAGCCCGACAUUGCUGGCCCUGGAGGACGACCUGCUCGGUCCUGGUGCAGAUCCCGACGUGUCGUUGGGAUCUUCGCAGUAUGCGGGCAGGAGGUACGACGAGGAGGACGAUUUGCUCGCUUGCAGUGCCGAUAUCGCUGUGCCGUUGGGAGCUUCGCAGCAUACGGACAGGAGAGACGAGGAGGACGACCUGCUCGCUUGCAGCACCGAUCCAGCAGUGCCGCUGGGAUCUUCGCAGCAGGCGGACAGGAGAGACGACGAGGAAGCCUCCCUGGAGGACGACCUGCUCGCGACCGCCGACGGUGCCCCCGCGGCGCGGCCAGCGACGUGGGCGCGGGCGGAGGCGGCUGGCCCCGAGGAGGGCGACGAGGACGACCUGCUCGGGCCGUCGUCCUCGCCCGCCGCGCAGGAGGCGCCGCAGGAGGACGACGACGACAACCUGCUCUGACGGGGCCCAGCGGGGGAGGGCGGAGGCGCCGCGAGCCAGCGACGUGGCGGCGCUGGGGCCUCGAGAUUGCGGUGGCGGGGAGCGUGUGGGAGUGAGGCACCGCGAUCGUGUGACCAUAGAGUGAGCCAGGCACUGUGGGGCUGCGGAACCAGCAUGCAGUCGUUGUGCCCAGUCUUCGUCCACUUCUUGCCUGGCGCGCCGGCACGCCUGGCCGCACGUGGUGAAAGAAAUCCGCUAAGUCUUAGUCGACCUGCUGGCCUUGCGCGCCAGACUGCCUGGCCACGCUUGGUGAAAAGGGACUUCCCGUUCGUGCUAGUGGUCCGCCA